AUGGCAUAUCUCGAGACUCGCUUGGCUGCAUCGCAAUCCGAGCAACUCCACGAAAAGGAGCUCCGACAACGUAAAAUGGCUCGGCUCGCACGAGGGAGUAUUGACCUUGUGGAGAGCUCAGUGGAUGGAAGGGACACGAUCAUUUCCGCUGUCCGAGAAUCCCUUUCCGAGCGUCAGUGGACAGAGAUAACCCCCCGAUUGGCGCACGAUCUAAUGGGGAGGGUGCAAUCGAAAGAGAAUACUCCCGGUGAGAUUUUCAAGAAACUAGACAUUGGGGGUGAGUCUACAUGGAUUUCAAGAAAUCGUAUGGGGAACCCUUUCGCAUCACCAAAACUCGGGGCACUGAUGGGAUACAUCGGUGUAUACAAUAAGCAACACCAUACGUCCUGGACAUUGCUCGACGCAUUUAUCGCAGGCUUCAGAGGCGAAGCUAACGUCGCAGGUAUGUUGUCGCUGGCACGGCUCAGCUGUUUCUACGGUCGUGAAGCGCAGCAAAUGGAGGAGGAGCUGUUUGAAAUGUGGCUGAAAAGGGGAUUGAGAAUCAGUGAUGUUGUCAACAUUCAAUUGGCACAGAUUAUAAAUGUACGUCCAUGGCUGUACAUAGUGAAGGAUCCCUUGAAGAGGUACAUUUCGGCCUUCUCUCAGAAAUAUUCUGCACCGGAACAAUAUACCACCAACAUUCUGGAUCUUUUGAAGACUGACGAAUUUAGUUUCGAAGAGCUGUUGAUCGAGGCACAAGCGGCGGACAGAAAGAUCGAGGAUUUCGUGUUAAACGGAAUCGAAAAUGAUCUCAUGAAUUAA